CCUCGUCGACAAUUCUUUGGAAUAUCUCUUUCGUACGGCCGGUGGUUUUUGAAAUAAAAUCAAGAUUGUGAUGAAAAAAUUCACCAAAUACAACAUAUUCCAAGAAUUACAUAUGUAAACAAGUGAAAUAAUGCAAAAAUUAGUAAAUUGAUAAUAGAAAACACAUUUAAAAUGGAUGUGGACAAUGAAAACUUUUACGAUGAAAUAGCAUCGUUUAUGCCUCAACCGGGAGACUAUAGUCUGGAAGAUUUAGAUGAGAUAAUACGUUCUACCGACUCCCACUUGGAUGCUUCAUUAGAUAUAAAUGCGUUUACAAAUGCAUUUAAUCAAAAUGAUUUUGAUAUGACAAUACCUGAACCGGAGAAAAAUAAUGUCGAGCAAAAACCAGCACCGCAGCAUCAGCAGCAUUUUGUUAAAGAUGAAACACAACCAAAUUUGGAAAAUGAAUUUCAUUUUAACUUUUCGGCAUUUCCUUCACCUGCUACAUCUCAACAAUCUGCAGGUUACUCAUCGCCAUAUGAAACUCCCGGUCGUACAUCAUCACCCACAUCGAUAGAUGAUGAUCAUUUUAAUCCGGAUGAUUUUAUUAAUUUCCUAAAUGACGAUGAUGUUAAAAUUGAUGAUUUGACACGCGAUACUAUUAUGAAACUAAAUGAGAAUUGUCGUAACACACCCUCGCCCACUGGUAGCUGUACAAGUUCUAGUGGUAGUUCCACAAGUGGUGUACAGAGUGAUGCCUCGUCGGUGGCUUCUAUGUCACAACAUUAUAAAAGUUCUAUGACCCAAGAACAGGAUGAUGACCUCUUAGAGUUUAUAAAAUUUAAAAAUGAAAAAUUAGACCGUGACAUUCAAAUGAAUGCAACUUCUCCACUACAAUCUGCGCAACAAUUUGAAAACAGUUCUGUUUCUACUGGUCCCGUAGUGAUCACGGAAAAUGAAUUGCCAAUAACAACGGCCUCGGUUGCCACUAGCUUAUUGCCGAUAACAUUGCCGGUACUACCUGUGACCACACUACAGAGUGUACCCCCAGCAAACUUUGUACAAGGUACUAUUAUUCCUGUACAAACUGUACCGUUAACCACCGUUAAUCCGGUGGUUAAUAUUAAAGCACCUACAGCUAUUAAAAUUGAGAACAAAUCUCCAGCAAGCAAAACAAAUGUAUCACAAACUGUUAAGGUGUUGGCAUCUCCAAACAAUGGCGCUACUGCUGCUAGUGGAGCUAAUUCAAAAGUAACAUCACCACCUAAUGCCAAACCUAAAACUAUAUUCCUUUCCUCAAAUGAUUUCAAAGCUUUGAUGCAAAAAAUGAAUACAAACGGCAAAAAAAUUACGGCAGCCAAUGGUCAAAUGCCCAAAAUUAUUAUGAAAACUGCUAAUGGUAAAAUAAUAACCGCCAAUAAAUUAACAAACAAUCCCAGCAGUAACAACACAUCUUCGACAUUACCAUCGUCUGCCAGUAUUAACAAUUCUUCGACGCCAGCAGCCAUAUCUUCAAGUUCGCAAUCUUUACAAUUUGUAUCGAAGAUGGUUAAAGCCUCCGGACCAAUGAUUGUGAAGCAACAACCAUCUAAAGUCGUGUCAUCGAAUGCACGUUCUGCAGCUGCCAUGGCUGCUGCCAGAGCAUCACUGAGUCAUAGAAGUCAUCGCAACGAUUUGCUUAUGCUGAGGGGUCUUAACGAUGACAAACAGUUGAAAAAACAAUUGCGAAUGUUGAAAAAUCGUGAAUCGGCCUCAUUGUCACGUAAAAAGAAAAAAGAAUAUGUCGAACGAUUGGAGAAUCGCAUAAGCGAUUUGGAAAAGGAGAACUAUUCGAUAAAAGGGGAAAAUUCCUCAUUACGUUCACAACUGAUGGCAUUCGCUCAAACCUGCAACUGUAAACAUGGAAAUGUUAGUGAGUUCAUUUUAAAUACCCUUAAUAUGGAUGGAAAGAAUGGUGGAGCUGUAUUAAAUGCAAUCGAUACAUCAUAUCUUUUGAAUAAUGCCGAACAACAUUUGGAACAUUGUGGCAGUGCGAACAGUAAUAAUUGUGGUAGCACAACAACAACAUCAACCACACACCAUGUUAAAAUUGCUCCAAAGCCUGCUAAUUCCGGUUCAUUCACAAAUAAGGGUUUCAAACAGCGCAUGAAUGCGACAACUGUUAAGAAAAAUGUUGCUGUUCUCUUUGCCAUGGCAUUUAUGGUGACAUUGAAUGUUGGAAACUUUCAAAAUUAUUUAAAUAAAUCAGCACUUGAGAAUGCGAUCGAAACAACUGUGAACGAUGAACCAGUUGCUCAAACAGGCCGACGUUUGUUGUGGGUUCCAAAUGAACACGAAUUUCACGAACAGACAAAUCGCAGUAAGCGUGAAACUGAAAUGGCAAAUAUGCCACCACCGCCGUUACAUUUCUUAAGGCCGGUUAAUCGUACCACAGCGGAUAAGUUGAAUGGUACUUCGACUAAGGAUGAACCGCCCAUAAAAAGGUCUACGAUAAUAUCGGCAACGGAAACUACGACAACUUAUGGAAAUGCUACACAGGAAAAUAUGCGAUUGGCAAGGAAUUUACAUAAAUGGAUUGGCGGCAAUGACUACUUGAAUUUGACUGGCACUGGUAUUGGCAACGACUAUGAACAUAUGGAACAUUUUAAAUUUGGCUCUGGAUCUUACAUGGACUACGAUUUACCCCUACAGGCCCCAAUUGGUACGAAACAAAAACGCAAAAUCAUCUUGGAUUCGGAAACGCAACAAAAGCACACAAAACUGAAUGUAGAGGGAGAUCGUAAUUCAUUGGACAUAUUCAAGCCAAGAAUUAGUGAAGAAUAUUUGAGACUUUUUAAGGGCAUUAAAAGACAGGAUGAUACUUUCUAUGUUUUGUCCUUCAAUAUGGAUCACAUUUUAUUACCGGCUUCGGUUUAUAAUAAAAGUUCACGUCCUAAAAUGUCUCUAAUGCUACCAGCAGGUGAUCCAUCAAACAAUGGCGAUAUUGUUCUAAUGCAAAUCGACUGUGAAGUCAUCAAUACCACAGAACUGGAAAUCAAAUCGCAUAUGAUACCAGAAAAAUUAAGACCCUCUAAAUAUGCAUCGAAUGUACGUGUUAAUCCAAAUGAUGUUGCCAACAAUGAAACGGCUGGUCCUGCUUCAGCUGCUUCGGCAAACAAAUCACAUGAAAUACCCUUAAAGAGAGAAGAAUCAAAAGAGAAACCUUCUGCUCCACGUACUUACUUUAUGAUGGGACCCAAAAAUCAAGUAUCAUCUCAGUCGGCUAAUUCAACUGCUGGUGCAGUGAAUAUUGUUAAAAGGAAACCAACUAUUGUUAAACUAAAUGCCAACGAUAGUGUUAUAGGCAGUGGCGUUUUAAAUGUACGCAAUUCAACAUUAUUUUCACGCAUGCGUGAAACCGUUGUUUCUCAGAAUACAGGUUUUGUUUCAGCUACAGAUGUUAAAAAAAUAAUAUAAUUUUUCAAGAUUUCCCAAUAUGAAUAAUACCCAUAAAGUCUUACUGAAUAUGUUUGACAUUUUAUUAUAUUUAAUUUACUUACAAAAUCAGUUACAUACGUAUACUUCAAUAUGUAAAAACUACUUAUUUGUGGAACAUUUCUCAACUUAAUAUAAUUCAACAUUUGCACUCAUUAAAACAAUUUGACACAUAUAAAUUAGGCAACAAUUUCAAACUCAUAUACAUAUGUUAUUCUAAAUUCAAUAACAUAAAUAUUAUACUUUUUGAAAAUGAUUGAACUUUUGGUAAAAUUGAAUUAAGAAAUUUAUAUACAAUACUAUAUUUUUAUUAUUAUAAUUAAAAAAUGUUUAUGAAUAUAUUAAAAAUUGGAAAUAAAAUACAUACUUUUAUAUAUUACUAUUAUACAUAUAAUUAAUUAUAAUUUAGUUAAUAAGAAUUAUGCUCUACACAUAAAUCAGCAUUUACUUGAAAGAAACAAAAAUAUAUUCAUUAAAUUUAUAAAAAGAAAAUUAUUUUUUUUUCCUUACACUAAUAGUUUAAUUACUUAGUAUUUCAAUUUCUUUAGCGCAAUGGGACCGAUCAUGGUGACCCAAAAGGAAUGUGGCUUAUUACUAUGUGAUUUUUUCGUUAAUAUAUUAAACAAUUUAAUUUUUAACUGUUUCUUGUUUUGUUUUAAACAAUUUUUUCUGCAAUAUGGUCUUUAUUUAAAAUAUUUAAGUGAAUAAUUAUUAUUAUUCUGCGUGCAAUCAUUUUAUAUGAAACUAUUUCAUUUUUAGCCAAGUUUUUUUGUUUUAUAUACACUUUAUCAUUGGUUCUGAUAUAUACUAAUUUAUUAAAUAAUAAAUACAACAUAUAUAUAUAUAAUUUUUUUUAAUAUAAAGGUAUUUUUAAUCAAAUAAUUGUAAAUAUAAUUAAUGUUUAAUAAAUAAGAAAUAAAUAAUAA